AUGUUUGGCCUCUUCAGCGUCAGUGGAAGCAGGUACUUUCCAGAUAAUGAAAUCUCCUCAGACUGCAAUCAUCUCCUGUGGAACUACAAGCUGAACCUAACUACAGAUCCAAAGUUUGAAUCCGUGGCCAGAGAAGUCUGCAAGUCCACUAUUGCAGAGAUCAAGGAGUGUGCAGAUGAACCAGUGGGUAAAGGCUUCUUGGUGUCGUGUUUGGUGGAUCACAGGGGCAACAUCACCGAGUACCAGUGCCAUCAGUACAUCACUAAAAUGACAGCCAUUAUCUUCAGCGAUUACCGGUUGAUCUGUGGCUUCAUGGAUGACUGCAAGGCUGACAUCAAUCUCCUGAAAUGUGGCAGCAUUCGACCUGGAGAAAAGGAUGCCCACUCCCAAGGAGAAGUGGUGGCAUGUCUGGAGAAAGGCCUGGUAAAAGAGGCAGAGGAGAAUGACCCUCGAGUUCAGGUUUCUGAUCAGUGUAAGAAAGCAAUCCUUCGUGUGGCUGAACUCUCUUCAGAUGACUUCCACCUGGACAGGCAUCUCUACUUUGCCUGCAGAGAUGACAGAGAACGGUUCUGUGAAAAUACUCAGGCUGGGGAAGGCCGAGUCUACAAGUGCCUCUUUAAUCACAAGUUUGAAGAAUCAAUGAGUGAAAAGUGUCGUGAUGCUCUGACAACCCGCCAGAAGCUGAUUGCCCAAGACUACAAAGUCAGUUACUCUCUGGCCAAGUCGUGUAAAAGCGAUUUGAAGAAGUACCGCUGCAACGUGGAGAACCUUCCCCGGUCUCGGGAAGCCAGGCUCUCCUACCUCCUGAUGUGCUUGGAGUCUGCUGUGCACAGAGGCCGCCAGGUGAGCAGUGAGUGCCAGGGGGAGAUGCUGGAUUACCGAAGGAUGCUGAUGGAGGACUUCUCCUUGAGCCCAGAGAUCAUCCUGAGCUGCCGAGGGGAGAUCGAGCACCACUGCUCGGGCCUGCACCGCAAGGGCCGCACCCUGCACUGCCUGAUGAAGGUCGUCCGGGGAGAAAAGGGCAACGUGGGGCUCACCUGUCAGCAGGCACUCCAAACCCUGAUUCAGGAGACGGACCCCGGCGCCGAUUACCGCAUCGACCGGGCGCUGAACGAGGCCUGCGAGUCGGUGAUCCAGACUGCCUGCAAGCACAUCCGCUCUGGGGACCCCAUGAUUCUGUCUUGCCUGAUGGAGCACUUGUACACUGAGAAGAUGGUGGAGGACUGUGAGCAUAGGCUCCUGGAGCUCCAGUAUUUUAUAUCUCGUGAUUGGAAGCUGGAUACCGUCCUGUACCGCAAGUGCCAGGGAGACGCCUCCCGCCUCUGCCAUACCCGUGGCUGGAAUGAGACCAUGAUGAGUGAUCUGAUGCCUCCAGGGGCUGUUUUCUCCUGCUUGUACAGGCAUGCCUACCGUACAGAGGAGCAAGGGAGGAGGCUAUCCCGGGAGUGCAGAGCAGAGGUGCAGAGGAUCCUCCACCAGCGUGCCAUGGAUGUGAAGCUGGACCCAGCCCUGCAGGACAAGUGCAUGACUGACCUGGGGAAGUGGUGCAGUGAGAAAACUGAGACGGGGCAGGAGCUGGAAUGCCUGCAGGACCAUCUUGAUGACUUGGUGUCUGACUGCAGAGACAUAGUUGGGAACCUCACUGAGCUGGAGUCUGAGGACAUCCAAAUUGAAGCCUUGCUGAUGAGGGCAUGUGAGCCCAUUAUCCAGACAUUCUGCCAUGAGGUUGCAGAUAACCAGAUUGAUUCUGGGGACCUGAUGGAGUGUCUAAUACAGAACAAACACCAGAAGGAAAUGAAUGAAAAAUGUGCGAUCGGAGUUACUCAUUUCCAGCUGGUUCAAAUGAAAGAUUUUAGGUUCUCAUACAAGUUCAAAAUGGCUUGCAAGGAGGAUGUGCUGAAACUUUGCCCCAACAUCAAAAAGAAGGUGGAUGUGGUGAUCUGCCUGAGCACAACUGUGCGCAACGACACCUUGCAGGACGCCAAGGAGCACAGGGUGUCUCUGAAGUGCCGCAAGCAGCUGCGUGUUGAGGAGCUAGAAAUGACAGAGGAUAUCAGGCUUGAGCCAGAACUGUAUGAGGCUUGUAAAAGUGACAUCAAGAAUCACUGCCAAAACGUGCCCUAUGGCAAUGCUCAGAUCAUUGAAUGCCUGAAGGAAGUCAAGAAGCAGUUGAGUACCCGGUGCCACCAGAAGGUGUUCAAACUGCAAGAGACAGAGAUGAUGGAUCCAGAACUGGACUACACUCUCAUGAGAGUCUGCAAGCAGAUGAUCAAGCGGUUUUGCCCAGAGGCAGACUCCAAAAACAUGCUGCAGUGUUUGAAACAGAACAAGAACAGUGAAGUGAUGGAUCCUAAGUGCAAGCAGAUGAUUACCAAGCGCCAGAUUACACAGAACACAGAUUACCGCCUCAAUCCAGUGCUCAGGAAGGCAUGCAAAGCAGACAUCCCAAAAUUCUGCCAAAAUAUCCUGAACAGGGCCAAGGAUGACACAGAGUUGGAAGGACAAGUCAUCUCGUGCCUGAAGUUGAAAUACGCAGACCAGCGUCUCUCUCCAGACUGUGAGGACCAAAUCCGAGUGAUAAUCCAAGAAUCAGCUCUAGAUUAUCGGCUGGAUCCCCAACUUCAGAUGCACUGCUCUGAGGAGAUUUCCAACUUGUGUGCGGAAGAAGCAGCAGCUCAGGAGCAGACUGGGCAGGUGGAAGAAUGUCUGAAAGUGAACCUGCUGAAAAUAAAAACAGAAAUGUGCAAGAAGGAGGUGCUCAACAUGCUGAAAGAAAGCAAAGCAGAUAUAUUUGUUGACCCAGUGCUCCACACAGCCUGUGCCCUGGACAUCAAACACCACUGUGCUGCCAUUCCACCAGGGAGAGGACGCCAAAUGUCCUGUUUAAUGGAAGCUCUGGAAGACAAGAGGGUGAGGCUGCAGCCUGAGUGCAAGAAACGCCUUAAUGAUCGUAUUGAAAUGUGGAGCUAUGCUGCCAAGGUUGCUCCAGCAGAAGGCUUUUCUGACCUUGCCAUGCAAGUUAUGACCUCUCCAUCCAAGAAUUACAUCCUGUCAGUCAUCACAGUUGGCAUCUGUGUACUCUUCCUCAUCGGCCUGAUGUGUGGACGCAUCACCAAGCGGGUGACAAGAGAGCUCAAGGACAGGUAGAGCCUGGAUUGCCUGCUGAAGAAAUGCCUGCCUAGUGCCCAGUUUUGUACAGCCCUCCUCCUCUGUAUAGUCUACCCACCCCUUCUUGUGAGAGGAGAAUAAAAA